AUGAGUGAACAGGAAGUGCAGGAGGGGACUGAGCACGCACCAUCUGUUCUAAUGUCUCUCCCUCUCUCACUCGUUCCAGCACCACCAAGAUUCACUAAAGUUCCCGUAGACCAGAUUGGCGUAUCUGGGGGUGUGGUCUCAUUCGUGUGCCAGGCAACAGGAGACCCUAAGCCCCGGGUGAGCUGGAACAAGAAGGGGAAGAAAGUCAACUCCCAGCGCAUUGAGACUAUAGAGUUCGAUGAGGGUGCCGGCGCCGUCCUUCGGAUCCAGCCUCUACGAGCGCCGCGGGACGAGAACAUCUACGAGUGCGUGGCGGAAAAUAGCGAGGGUGAGGUCAACGUUAACGCCAAGCUGUCCAUAAUCAGAGGUCCUUAG